GAAAUGAUCCUUUCCAGGUAACAGCCGAGAAUAGGGAACCGCGGGACAUCUCCGCCUCUUCCUUGGCUCAGGGCCUUCGAUGUAAGGCGUUAGAGGACAAUCUUUGGUGACUGGAUUUCUGUUCUUCCCCUAGAGAUACCUCGUUCUUUGGAGGCUACUUGGGCAAUUGGGUUGACAAUCACUUACCUGACACCUGCUCCCAAAACUAAUCCUAUUGAUGAAGGAUCUUCUUUCUGAGCAGUAAACCUGUUUAAUUAAACUUAUGCAAAUAAGCUUAAUUGCUUCUCAGUGGCUGUUGUCCAGAAGCACCUAGGGAUUCCUUCCCUUAGACAUUUUCAGCACCUAGAUGAACCACAAAGUUGGAGGCCAUUCAUCUAGACAUGUGUUGUGUGCCUGUGGAGUCCUGGGCCCUGAGUUGUAGAUUGCAAGGAAGAGCAAGGUGUGACCCCUGCUGUCAACUUACUUUCUUAGGGCAACGGACACUUAAACAACCAAGAAUAACAAAGGGAGCCGUUGGAACAUUCUGGGACGCCAAGCCUCCGACCCCCAGCGCAAAGGACUCUAGGGAUUGGCUUCCCGGCUGUACCGCGCAGCUGGACUCCCCGUCUGCGCAGCUUCGGGGAGGCCCAGAGCGCGCCCCUAUUCGCCGGCUCUGUCCGAAGCCCACCAAGACAACCCGCCACGAAACUUCCCGGUCCCUGCAGCCCAGGGCUCCUGGUCCCGAGCCGCUCGCCGGUGGCACGGGGCCUGCCGUCCGCUUUCUACGAGCCGCAUGGACGGAGGCCUGCGUGUUAUUUCACAGAGGCCGAAACAGAGACCCAGGAAAGAUAAAAGAAGGGCGCAACCCCGGACCCCCACUAGCCAGCCGAGGGCGAGAAAUGGAAGCCAAGGCUGAAUGAUUCCCAGUGCCGUGCGCUCUCUCCCACUCCAUCCACACUCUCCUCCCCGCAAAAAGAGUGUUCUGCAGUUUGCAACAUCGUCUCUAGCCCAAGCGGGAGGUGCGCUGUGGAAACUGAGGCCGCUGGGAGGCCUUGCCAACCGCGACCCGGAUGUCGGACGCCCCAGCGGAGGCCUGGCAAGUCCUUAGCCCUUCUCGGACUAAAAUGGACCGAACAGAAAAUGCGGACCGGGGUCCCUCCUUUCGGGUAGCGGCAGGGCAGACGGGAGGCCGCCUGUGACCGAGCUCUCCAAGUCCCGCCUUCCUUUCCAGGCCUGCCGGGCGUAGACCCACCUUACGCGCUGCGACCUCCACCCCGCCCCAGCGCCCCCAGGCCGGGCCGGCGGUGCCCGCGCCAUUUAAAGGGACAAUUCUGGUUGAACCUAGGAUUCCCGGCAGGGAGCCCUGUCUGUGAGCGCCCCGGAAGUAACUUCCCCGAUGUGGCAGGCGUGGAAAUGGGCAUGGAUGAACCUUCGGCGCCUUCGAGCGCUUGAAGAAAGGGCCGGGGACCUCUGCUCUAAGGACCAUGACAUAAUGCCCCUCCUCCAUCACGGGCCCAAGGGAGGGUCCUAAACGCGGCGAGGGAGUGCUCUGUGGGGGAAAAUUGAGUGUGUCUGGAGGGGACAGUGGAGAGGUUGAGUGCUCGCUGCUGCCCACCUGAGCAGGCCCGAUUCUGACCCCGGGCGCCCCAGAACCCGCCAGGCUGCUCCCACCCCCACCUGUUGCACAGUGCUCCGCCCGCCCCUCUCCGCCGAUGCACUCCCAUCUCCGUAGCCCCAGAAGUGACAUCUUUUUUUUUAUUGUAAUUAUUAAAAACGAAAGUCAAGGGUAUAGGGUGGUCUCCCCAAACAGGCUCCAGGUGGUUGCCAUCUCGUGAGUCAGUUGUCGCCCUUUUAAAGUGCUGUUACAUCAAGAGGUUAUAACAAAAAAAUAGACAAAGCAAAAUCCAAAGGGGAAUGCAAAACGGGACUGGAAGUGGGUCCAGGAGAAGGAAGCAAAAAUAACUUACAGCAUAAAUAAAUUAAAGUGAACCUAAUACUGAA